CCUGGCAAUUGUACACAAAACCAGCGCAGCAAGGUGGUGAAAGUCCCAACCGAAAGGGGGCUCGGAGUUGCUUCCUCCUUUUAUAUAAAUUCACAUUGGUCACUUUCUUUUCCUAUCAAUUCUUCUUCUGAUAAUAAUAAUAAUUCCAAUGGCCUCUUCAGCCUCUAUUCCCGCUCCUGAGGCCGUUCAGGUUCUGGUCUCCUUGCUCGCCGAUGAUUCCUCCGCCGUCAGAACCGCCUCCAUGUCCUCUCUCAAGGACAUUGCUGCACUGAAUCCUCUUCUUGUACUCGAGUCUUGCGCCACUGUUUCGCGCGGAGGACGGAGGCGAUUUGGUAACAUGGCGGGAGUUUUUAAGGUGAUGGCGUUUGGUGUUCAUGCUCUUGACAAGGACGACAUUGAUCCUGCCUUCAUGGCUAAGCUUGCUAAGAUUGCUACCGCAGAGUUGAUUUCUUCUAAGGAAUUCAAUUCAGAUUGGCAACGAGCAGCAACAAGCUUACUUGUUGCAAUAGGCUCACAUUUACCUGAUCUUAUGAUGGAAGAAAUCUUUCUUCAUUUAUCUGGCACAAAUUCAGCAUUACCAGCUAUGGUUCAAAUACUUGCAGAAUUUGCUUCAACUGAUCCCUUGCAGUUCAUUCCACGUUGGAAAGGUGUACUUUCACGAAUUUUGCCAAUUCUUGGAAAUGUGCGCGAUACGCAGAGGCCAAUUUUCGCAAAUGCAUUUAAGUGUUGGUGUCAAGCUGCUUGGCAACAUAGUAUAGAUUCUCCUUCACAUUUUCCCUUGGGUGGUGAUGUCAUGUCAUAUCUAAAUUCCGCUUUUGAACUUCUAUUGAGAGUUUGGGCAGCUUCACGGGACUUAAAGGUUCGUGUGGCGUCUGUGGAAGCACUGGGCCAGAUGGUUGGUCUCAUAACACGGACACAAUUAAAGGCAGCUUUACCAAGGCUUGUUCCUACGAUAUUGGACUUGUACAAAAAGGAUCAAGAAAUCGCUUUUCUAGCAACGUGUAGUCUCCACAAUCUCUUGAAUGCCUCUUUGCUGUCAGAAACUGGCCCUCCUAUGCUUGAUUUUGAGGAUUUGACGCUUACUCUGUCAACACUUCUACCUGUAGUUUCUAUAAAUAAUGACAGCAAAGAUCAAUCAGAUUUCUCAAUUGGACUUAAGAUGUAUAAUGAGGUGCAACGUUGCUUUCUCACAGUUGGCUUGGUGUAUCCAGAUGAUUUGUUUCUGUUUCUUGUAACUAAAUGCAGGGUGAAGGAAGAACCAUUGACCUUUGGUGGACUUUGUGUUUUGAAGCAUCUUUUACCAAGGUUAUUUGAAGCUUGGCAUAGUAAAAUACCUCUACUUGUUGAAGCUGUAAAGUCCUUGCUAGAGGAGCCGAGUUUAGGUGUUCGGAAAGCACUUUCUGAGUUAAUUGUGGUUAUGGCUUCACAUUGUUACUUGGUUGGUUCAUCUGGAGAGUUGUUCAUUGAGUAUCUUGUACGGCACUGUGCUUUAACUGACAAUAAUCGCAGUGAUCUUGACAUCCUGAGUAAGAGAGUGGAGAUGAAAAUUAGGGUUGUCACUCCAGGGGAGUUAAGGACAGUAUGUGAAAAAGGCCUCCUUCUAGUAACUAUCACAAUUCCUGAAAUGGAGCACGUUCUUUGGCCUUUUUUGUUGCGAAUGAUUAUUCCACGGAGCUACACUGGCGCUGUUGCCACGGUUUGCAGGUGUAUCUCAGAAUUGUGGCGGCACAGAUCUUAUGGCAAUGAUAUGUUGAGUGAGUGUAAAACACAUCCUGAUAUACCAACUGCUGAGGAACUUCUUGCUCGUUUGGUGGUGCUUUUGCAUGAUCCUCUAGCAAGGGAGCAGUUGCCUACCCAGAUUUUAACGGUUCUGUGUCUUCUAGCACCCCUGUUUCCGAAAAAUGUCAAUUUGUUUUGGCAAGAUGAGAUUCCGAAGAUGAAGGCCUAUGUUAGUGAUACAGAAGACUUGAAACAGGAUCCAUCUUGUCAAGACACUUGGGAUGACAUGAUAAUAAAUUUUCUUGCAGAAUCAUUGGAUUUCAUUCAAGAUGCAGAUUGGGUUAUGUCUCUUGGAAAUGUGUUCGCUAAGCAUUAUGAGCUCUACACUUCUGAUGAUGAACAUGCUGCUCUUCUUCACCGGUGCUUGGGGAUUCUGCUUCAAAAGGUUAAUGACAGAGCUUAUGUCAGUGAUAAAAUAGAUUUGAUGUAUAAGAAAGCAAACAUCGCAAUUCCUACAAAUAGGCUAGGGUUGGCCAAAGCAAUGGGUCUGGUUGCUGCUUCUCACUUGGAUACAGUGUUGGAGAAGCUAAAGGAUAUUCUAGACAAUGUUGGACAAAGCAUAUUUCAGAGGAUUAUGGCAUUGUUCUCAGAUAGUUUCAGAACAGAAGAUUCGGAUGAUAUACAUGCUGCUUUGGCUCUAAUGUAUGGAUAUGCUGCGAAGUAUGCACCAUCAACUGUCAUUGAAGCUAGAAUAAAUGCCCUUGUUGGCACCAACAUGCUUUCAAGGCUUCUUAACGUCCAUCAUCCCAGAGCAAAGCAAGCUGUAAUAACUGCAAUUGAUUUACUAGGUAGUGCUGUCAUUAAUGCUGCUGAAACUGGUGCACCAUUUCCACUGAAAAGGAGGGAUGUAUUGCUUGAUUAUAUCUUAACUUUAAUGGGACGGGAUGAUAACGAUGGCUUUGCUGAUUACAAUGAACUUCUGCGUACUCAGGCCAUCGCAAUAAGUGCCUGCACUACGUUGGUGUCUGUAGAGCCAAAACUUACAGUUGAAACUAGAAACCAUGUAUUGAAGGCUACGUUAGGGUUUUUUGCAGUACCAAAUGAUCCAGUUGAUGUUGUCAAUCCCCUGAUAGAAAACCUGAUAACACUCUUAUGUGCAAUUCUUCUUACUAGUGGAGAAGAUGGAAGAAGUCGAGCAGAGCUGCUACUUCUUAUGUUGAGGCAAAUUGAUCAAUUCGUCUCUUCUCCUAUUGAGUACCAAAGGAAAAGAGGUUGUCUUGCAGUCCAUGAGAUGCUUCUCAAGUUUCGGAUGAUUUGUGUUAGCGGGCAUUGUGCACUGGGAUGCCAGGGGAGUUGUGCACAUAACAAGCAAAUUGACCGAAUUGUAUUUGGGAAUUUUUCAAAGCUACCAUCUGCAUUUGUAUUGCCAAGUCGUGAAGCUUUAUGUUUGGGAGAUAGGGUAAUUGUGUAUCUUCCACGAUGUGCAGACGUGAAUUCUGAAGUCAGAAAAAUAUCUGCAGAAAUUCUUGAUCAACUCUUUAGCAUCUCUCUUUCACUUCCGAGACCUGCUGGUUCAUUGAUAUCUUCUGAAGAUAUAGAAUUGUCAUAUAGUUCUUUGUCCUCUCUUGAGGAUGUAAUAGCCAUAUUGAGGAAUGAUACUUCUAUUGAUCCAUCAGAAGUUUUCAAUAGGAUUGUUUCCUCGCUUUGCAUUCUGCUGACAAAAGAUGAGCUGGUAGCUACACUGCAUGGUUGCUCAGUAGCCUUAAAUGAUAAGAUCAAGCAGUCAGCUGAAGGGGCUAUUCAAGCCGUUGUUGAGUUUGUUUCGAGAAGAGGGAGGGAGCUUUCUGAGUUUGAUAUCUCAAGGACGACACAAUCAUUGAUCUCUGCCACUGUGCAUGCAAGUGAUAAACACUUGCGUGUGGAGACCCUGGGAGCUAUUUCUUCUUUGGCUGAAAACACUAGUCCAAGUACUGUUUUUGAUGAAGUUCUGGCUACGGCUGGCAAGGAUAUAGUCUCGAAGGAUAUAUCUAGGCUACGCGGUGGUUGGCCUAUGCAGGAUGCUUUCUAUGCAUUUUCUCAGCACAUGGUACUCUCAGUUACAUUUCUAGAACAUGUAAUGUCUGCCCUUAGUCAGACUCCUAUCGUUAAAGGUGAUGCAUAUAGAGUUGAGGAUAGCCAGGUUGACAAUAAUAUAGAGAAUGGCAAUCUUCAAGCUGCAAUUUUUGCCCUUACUGCUUUCUUCAGAGGAGGUGGAAAAAUUGGGAAGAGGGCUGCUGAGCAAAAUUAUGCUUCUGUUCUUUCUGAGCUUACGCUGCAACUUGGAAGCUGCCAUGGUUUAGCUAACUCUGGCCAGCAGGAGCCAUUGCGGAAUCUUCUAACUGCAUUCCAAGCAUUUUGUGAAUGUGUUGGUGACCUCGAGAUGGGCAAGAUUUUAGCGAGAGAUGGUGAAUUAUCUGAAAAUGAGAGGUGGAUUAAUCUCAUUGGAGAUAUAGCUGGCUGCAUAUCUAUAAAACGACCAAAAGAGGUGCAAAAUAUUUGUCUAGUUUUGACGAAAUCAUUGGAUCGACCACUGAAAUACCAAAGAGAAGCUGCCGCAGCUGCAUUGUCAGAAUUCGUUCGUUAUAGCGGAGGACUUGGUUCUUGUCUGGAGCAAAUGGUUGAGGUUUUAUGUCGACAUGUAUCGGACGAGUCCUCAACUGUUAGGCGUUUAUGUUUGAGAGGUUUAGUGCAGAUUCCAUCUAUUCAUAUCCUGAAGUAUACAUCUCAAGUCUUGGGUGUUAUACUAGCUUUGCUUGAUGAUUCUGAUGAAUCUGUACAACUGACUGCAGUAUCAUGCUUACUGAUGAUUCUUGAAUCUUCACCUGAUGAUGCAGUUGAGCCCAUUUUGCUUAAUCUUUCAGUACGGUUGAGGAAUCUUCAAGCAAGCAUGAACGUCAAGAUGCGAGCAAAUUCUUUUGCGGCAUUUGGAGCUCUUAGCAGCUAUGGCAUUGGGGCACUAAAGGAUGCCUUUGUUGAGCAGGUACAUGCUGCUCUCCCUCGUCUGGUUUUGCAUCUUCAUGAUGAAGAUGCUGGUGUUCGAUUGGCCUGUCGGAAUACACUGAAACGAGUUUUCCCUUUGAUGGAAAUUGAAGGAUUGCUUGCCUUGCUCAACACACAGAGCUUUCUUUCUGAUCACCGAAGUGACUAUGAGGACUUUCUCCGCGACAUUGCAAAACAAUUUAUUCAGCAUCUUCCCUCCAGAGUUGAUACUUAUAUGGCAGCAACAGUGCAGGCUUUUGAUGCACCGUGGCCCGCAAUUCAAGCAAAUGCUAUAUACUUCUCCAGCAGCAUUCUUUCUUUAUCAGACAAUCAUCAUAUUUUAGCUAUCUACCAUGCACAGGUAUUUGGUAUGCUAGUGGGAGACCUGAGUCGAUCACCUGAUGCAAUUGUUAGAGCAACGUGCUCUUCUGCUUUGGGCUUGUUGCUGAAAUCCUCCAACACAUUAUCAUGGAGAGCAGUUUCCCCUGAUCGGUCAGACUCAACUUCCAGGAACCACGAUUUGGAGUCUACACCGAACCAGCAAAUACAAACUGAAACUUAAGAAUACCGGAUUCAUGAAUUGGCUAUGGCCUAUGAGCUUGAAGCGAUGUGAUUGAAAGUCAUGUGUCUUGGUCUCGCUAUGGGUAGAUACCGUUCUCCUUCAUAAUAUGUACAGCCUUUCUGUCAAAUUUUCCCGUGGCCUUAGUUGUAAAGUUUGAAGAGCUCUUCUUUUCUUUUUGGUGCGUCUGAAGUAAAAGAAAACAAGCCAAGGCAAGACUAGAAGCCCUAGGGAAGCCAAUACCUACGGCAACUGCAAGAAACACUGGUGUUCAUUAAUGGUGUUCAUUGUGCAGCCAGCAGAUUCUAAUGUACAUUAGCUAUCCAGUCGUCAUAAUUUGUGUAUAUUGUUCUAUAUUGAUUACAUUUUCAUGUAAUAUAACUGAUACACUAUUUGGAGGCGCUAUCUUGUCAUUGAUUACAUCAAGCAGCUUUUCUAAAUUUAAGCAUUUUCCAA